UGAUUCCAUACACAAACCUUUCUGACACUAAACAUGUUUCAUUUCAUCUGCCAAAAAUGACAAGGGAAACAUGUUCACAGAUGUAAACCUGCUGUUUUUAUUUGCUACAAUUGUGUGAUAUGAUGCAGUAGAAAGUUAUAUAGUUGACUUAUUUUAAGAACUACAUUUCAGGUAUUCAGAGAAGAAAUGCUAUUUUUAAUUCUACACUAUGUUGCCAAAAGUAUGCGCUCAUCUGCCUUGACUCACAUAUAAGUGACUUAAGUGACAUCCCAUUCCUAAUCCAUAUGAUGUCACUCCACCCUGUGCCACAGUGGGGCAAAAAGGUAUUUAGUCAGCCACCAAUUGCGCAAGUUCUGUUGGGAACAACUCAAAGUAAUUCAUACAUACAAAGAAAGUUGAACAAACAAACAACAAACAAAUUAAGUUGUGUGUAAAAAUGUGAAAUGACAGGAAAAAGUAUUGAACACUUGAAUAAAGGGAGCUGCAAAAAGGCGUGCAAAGCUGGUUUAGUCCUAAUUGCGAUAGUCUGCGAUUGGCUGGCAACCAGUUCAGGGUGUACCCCUCCUCCUGCCCGAUGAUAGCUGCGAUAGGCUCCAGCACGCCCGCGACCCUAGUGAGGAGAAGCGGCUCAGAAAAGGGGGGGUUUGGAUGGAUGGAUAGUCCUAAUUGAUGGCCUAUGAAAAGGUCUUCUUGCCAAGGUGUGAGUCAAGACACUCUGAGAGCUGUCUCAAGACCACCGCAAACUAAUUGUUGCAAAACAUAGCGUGAUUUGACGCGUAACGUUAUUACUCAAGCUAUUUUGUCUUGUAAAGGGCACCACAUCACUUUUUAUAUGUAUAAAACUUGGGAAAAGCGACGACAAACAAGUCUCACAAUCUAAAGGUUGCUGCAUUUUAUGAAGUAAGAUUUCUAGAUGACAGAGGCUUCCUUAUUAAACUCAAAACACAACACAGAAAACACCACAAAGAGUGGAAUUUUAUAGAAUAUUUAAUGAAAUCUAUGAGGGAUCUAUAGGGAAACACAAAGAGGCUAAGUACAGGAAGAAAAUACAAAUGAUGGUCGAAGAAAGGAGAAAUAGGCGUUCAAAAAGGGAAAUAGAACAGUGUUGCUGGACUAAAGUUGAAAACGUGAGCGUUUAAUGCGUUCAGUCCGGACGAGAGAGAGCAAUAAAACAAUAACAAAGGAGGUGGAACAAGAAACAUUGUCCCCUCGGGGUGCGCCUGUAACUUUCCUGCCGAUUGAACUGGUGGCGGACCAAGCUCCUGCCCUCAGCAGCGUGUGUGCGUGACCAGUACCUGAUGCAGGUAGUUGCUUGCUGAGGCUCAGCCAACCGAUCGGAAAGCGAUCGAAGCUGCAUGGCCGGCUUCCUCGUUCGAAAACGCCGCCGGCGAAAUUGGGGUGGGCGUUUGCGCAGAUGGUAACACCGGAGGCGCUGGAGGACAAAAGAAAAGGAAGGGGGGGCGCGGCGGAGAGCACCAGAAAGAGGGCUAGACAAGAAAGAGGAGGCGGGAGUCAGAGGUUAAAUACUCAGGGGGCGUGUCUAAGGGAUGGAGGAAACCGGACAUGACCACGCCCUGUACAAGUUUUGCCAUAAAAGUGGUGUAAAAAUCAUUAUCGGGAUAUAAAAUAAUCCCAGCUUUAUACGCUUUACUCCUAGAUCAAGCAUAUAGAAUGAUUGUUUAAAUUUUAGUUUUGGCAAAACAACUGUUUAUGGUUCAAUCACAUUUCAUGCUAGUUGGAGCUUCAAAUAAGGACAAACAGUUCUCAGGCUUGCAGCUGCACCUGUGAAGUUGACACACUGACACAGACAUUAAGGCAUACAUUUGGAAUAUUUCUGCAAGAGUUAGUGAAAUAUCAAAACGGACAAUUAAUCUUCAGUUAAAAACAACCAUUCUGGGUUGCAGUACUCCCAAGCGCACGUGGGUGGCACCUUGCAUGCAUGUUUGAAUAUUAAGCAAAUAGUUCAUUGCUGUAUUUGCAUUCCACCAUAAAUUUGCCUCGAUCAAGUGCUCCUCGCAAGAUUUCUAAUAGAGGACUGAGUGCAAAGAAUAAUCGGGGGGGGGGGGGGGUUAGCAUGUCAAAGCUCGUUUAAAGUUUGCUGAAUAACAUUUGGACAAGCCAGUUAAAUACUGGGAGAAAAAGGUCUGUGCGGAUGAGAGCAAAAUUGAACUACUUGGAUGCCAUAAUGCAUACCGUGUUUGGAGGAGAAAAAUGGCAUUGCACGUCACCCUAAAAACACCAUACCAAACAGUGGGAGGUGGAGGUGGGUACAUGAUGGUGUGGGGCUGCUUUUCAACAAAUGGUACUGGUAAACUUCACAUUUAGUGUUAAAGUUAACCAGUUCUAUUUGCGAACUUCACUGUUGUAUGGUGUUUUUAGAUUGAUAAAUAUAUCCUUUACUUUGGAAGUAUAUUUAGUGAGAAAAAUUGCCAUAUUAAAUAUUUCAGCCACUGUGCGCACACACACACACAUAAUAUACACACACAUAAUACACACACACACAGCAAAAAUAAAUGACCCCGUCUUAAAAACGAAUGUAAAUGCAUGAAAAAUGCAACUGACCAUAAUGCAGAAUCAGUGUGAGCCCUGGGCAUGUUCCCCUGGAACGAGAUGGCCCCAUCUCGGAGUGGUGGGAGACAAUGACACCUGCAGUGUGUUCCUUAUGUCCAGUCUGCUCCGUAAUUUUGUCUUCGUUACUGUCAUUGCAGAAAAGCCCGCUUCACCAAUAUAGGCUGUUGGAUGUGGUUGCAGGGUUUUCAGUGCUCUUGUGGGAAUUUCAGGAUAAUUCUGGCUUGACUUUCAUCCAGAACAACAUAUUUUUAAGGUCACCGUCAUUUGCGAUCUCCAGCAGCCGAUCCUCUUGUUGCACAGACAUGCUCGAUUUGCCCGGUUUGUUAACAAACUGGUCGCAGAUCCGUUCAUUUGCAGUUCAUGGGUAUUUUGAAGUUGGGGAAAUAGCGCUCAAACUCUUGCAAAAGCGAACGUGAUCGCGCACCAGCUGAGAGAAGGCUGGCGCAGGUGCGCUGUCUUCCAAAAUCAUCAUGUCAUAUGGCUCUCUGUCCACUCGCUGGCUCUACAAUUUGGCUUUGAAUGCACCUACUCUAUCUGCCAACUUGAACACUGUUGUCAUUUUCCCCUGAAGUGACACAUUUAGUUCAUUGAGCAUAUUGAAUGUGUCGCUGAGGUUGGCGAACCAGGUGAGCCCUUCCUUGUCACUGAAAUGAGCUGCCAGUGGAGGUUUUUUUCCUGACAGAAAUCUUUGCAGCAGCUCUUGUCGCUCAAAUGCUCUGGCCAGUGAUCUUCCUCUAGAUAGCCAUCUAAUUUAUGUGCGUAAAAGAAGGCAUCCAUCUCCUCACAGCUGCUCAAACAGACGGGAGUUAAGCACAUGUGCUUUGAUGAGGUAGAUUACUUUAACAGUCAUUCACCACACUGAAGUUCAGGUGAAGAGUUUUUGCCUAGUGAGCCUUUUCCUUGGAAAUGAUACAGUGCGUGCUCUCUCAUUCAGGUGCAAAGACGUCAAUGUCAUUUUGUAACAGGGGAUGGGUGCGGGAGGGUCUUGUGCAGUUUAUGUGUAAUCAUCAAGCCUCUGGAUUACUGCAAUAAGGACUGGCACCCUGUAGAGGGCAACAAUGCCUUGAGGUGAACGUACCUCCCUCAGAGAAAGGAGGAGGAGGAGGUGGGGCGGAGGAGACAAUAAGAGCCAAGCAUAAUGGCGGAAAACAGAAAAGACAAAAUGAAAAUAAUCUUUAAAAAAAAAAAAAAAAAGCUUUCUCUACUAGAAAGUUAUUGCACCAAGGCAAGAAAAAUAUUCCUGCGACCGACAGGAAUGACGCCUUAGAUCAUGCGGGGGAAUAAAGGAUGCCGCUCCGAGCUGAUCCCUUUUUAGCAAAGGUAUCGCCGAAAAUGCCGGGCCAUAGGGCGAGAUGCUCCCAGUCGCUUGCCAGCUGAUCGUCUGCCGACCAGGAUUUGAGUAAUUGUGAUCCCGAAUCGUCAGAUGAGUGAACUCCCUCUGGAUCCCCUUGAAGCAGCCGAGCUUCAUCACGAUCUUCCUCCGGAUGAUAAUUGAGACGAAGCUCAUCCAUCUUGCAGUAAUGGAACACCCGCGAGUCGAACGUCUUAUAGGAUUGCGACGAAAAGUUAUGCAUCCAGCAGACGUUCAACUCCCAUUCCAGUAUGCAGUGCUAACAAAAAAGCAGAUGCAAGGUGUAGCCAAGAUAGAGAGGGAUUCAGAAGAGAAGUUUGAGGGGAUGUUAGCGGAGGCGCCCAGCCCGACACUCACAGAACCACAGACGCCAAUGGACGUGGACAAAGCCUCCAUAUAUCGACAUCCCCUCUUCCCUUUGUUGGCUCUGCUGUUCGAGAAGUGCGAGCUGUCCACUCUUAGUUCUGAAUGCAUCACUUCUGCAAGCUUUGAUGUGGACAUUGAGAACUUUGUCCGCUGUCAGGAGAAGGACGGAAAGCCCUUUUUCAGUGAAGACCCAGAACUCGACAACUUGAUGGUAAAAGCCAUCCAGGUGCUGCGAAUCCACCUGCUGGAGCUGGAGAAGGUGAGUGACCUGUGUAAGGACUUCUGCAGCCGUUACAUUGCUUGCCUUAAGACUAAGAUGAACAGUGAGACCCUUCUGAGUGGAGAGCCUGGUAGUCCAUACUCCCCUGUUCAAAGCCAGGCCCCAAAUUUCUCACCAACUAAAUCCCAGGUCCCCUGCUCCAUCUCAGGGAGUCCUCAGGGUCAAAUUGUGGUGCCGGCUUCAGCCCUGCAACAAGGAAAUGUCGCAGCCACAGCAGUAAAUCCCACCCAGGUGGUUGCAGGUAUGUCAUCAUGGCAUACUACCACACCGACAGGUGGCACAAUGUAUCAGCCUGUUACAGUUGUCACUCAUCAGGGCCAGGUAGUAACACAGGCCAUUUCCCCAGGGACUCUACGUGUCCAAAACAACCAGCUCCAGCUACGGUUUCACCAGGACUUAAACCUCUUCAAUCACGAUGACAGCUCAACAAAAAACAAACGUGGCGUUCUUCCCAAACAUGCCACAAAUGUCAUGCGCUCUUGGCUUUUUCAGCACAUUGGGCAUCCUUACCCAACAGAGGAUGAAAAGAAACAGAUAGCCACUCAGACAAAUCUGACACUUCUACAGGUCAAUAACUGGUUUAUAAAUGCUCGAAGGCGGAUUCUGCAGCCCAUGUUGGAUGCUAGCUCCUCUGAGACGCCCAAAGCUAAAAAGAAGACUCCUCAAAACCGGCCACUCCAGCGCUUCUGGCCUGACUCCAUUGCCUCAGGGGGUGGCACUCAACAGCAAGUUACUAUGCCAGAUGGUACAUUGGUGACAAUGAAUGUGGAGGGUCUGCACAGCCUGACAUCAGAUGGCGCGACACUGGCAGUACAGCAGGUGAUGCUUGGUGGCCAUAGUGAAGACGAGUCCGGGGACAGUGGAGAUGAUGACGAUGAUGCAGAUAUUGCCGGGCUGGGCCUUGACAAUAGCGACUCACUGCAGUAGAUAACGCACACAAACAUAUACACUACAUGUCCACACAAAAUGUGUAAAAUAAGUUAGUGGGUUUUCUGACGGUCAUUGUACAAACAGACAAGUUACCAGGUUUUCUGACGGUCAUUCUACAGACAGACACAGGUUGAUACAGAGCACAACACAGGGAAUUGUCCCACACUUCCUAAAAUCCACCUUUGCUGUGUGUGUGUGUGUGUUUUUCAGAAAGUGUUUUUUAAUUAUUUAGUUGCUGUAGGCGAUUGCACUUUGUAUAUUUAAGAAGAAAAAAAAUCAGAAGAAAAAGUGUUAAACACCAGAAGCAAGUUUGUAUGCAACAUUAUUCAAUAUUGGAAAAUGUAAUCAUUUUUCUUCACCCCUUUUGAAUUGUAAGUUUGAAUGACACUUUAAAGUUGUAUUGUUAGGGUUUGUCUCUUUUUGCAUGCUUGUGUGUGUUUUGAGUAGAAGUGUGCAAGACUGACUCCACAGCGCUCACAUGGACCUCUGCAAAUGAGCAAAGCUCUCGGGAGUUUCAAAAUAAAAAAGAUCCUUAUUUUUAUAUA